ACCAACUAAGAAAGUUUUCUUCUACAGCUCCCCUUUUUGUGGAGCUGGGGCCCAUUCAUAGCCCCGCUUAAGAUCUUAGAGCACAGCGCCAACACACAUACUUCAACAUUAGCAGUUGUAGAGGCAGCAUCAGGUAGACACGAAUGGCAUAAUUUGGCAAAGAUACAACGACAUAAAGACUGCUUUACCUCUUUUGUGUUAUGAUAAGGGCAGUGAACUUUUGACCACCGAGAUAUCCAGAAAACUAUUAAUGUCUUUUGGCCGGCAAUAAAAGCGAUCAUCGAACUUCUGGAUUUGUUAUUUGACGCCGCUAGGCAUAAACUGAUCAACAAACAAAAAAACUUUUUUUCAUUAGUCGAACGAAAUUCGCCAAGGCAGCGACUAUGCUAAGCAAUAUCAAUUGUAUCGUUAAGGGCAGUCAGAUUAGUUGUGAAUGCGACCAUCAACUGAACGUGCAAAUUAAAAGUAGUUGAAUUUUUGCAGUGCAGUGAAAAAGGAGUUGAGACACAUCGAAGACGUGUGAGGAUUCGAAAGUGCAAAACUAACCAAAAUACGAGUUUAUCACCAGUAUAUCUUGGACCAAGACGGGAUAAAAGGUUACAAUGGCAAAAAUGGUGCCAGAUGUGGUUAUUUGCGGUUUCGUGGUUACGGCUCUUCUAUUGAUACACUUCUUUUCGGACAUAUUACGCCUUUCCUUCGGUGGCUAUUAUACACACGCUACACUGUCGCAGCUAGUGGAAUCCCAAGCAAACAAAGAGUACUCAUGGUUGUUGAAACUUAUAGCCAAUUGUUUUGGCUACAGUUGCGUCUUUGUACCUGGCUAUCUUAUUUACAAAUAUGUUAAACGCACAAAAUACCUUGAGCGAAGUGAAAAAACAUGCAUUUAUGCUGCUGUUAGUAUGUGCAUUACCGGCAGUCCAGGUACAGAACUCGACUAUUCUCAAUCCAUGGAACGGAAACCAAUGGAGCCGAUGCCAACGCCUAAUGGCACGCAGAAACGCACAAAAUCUCAGGAGACGCUACUACUGUUCUGGUGCUUUGCUGGACUCAUGGUAUCUUAUCUAACGUGGGGUGUACUCCAGGAGAAAAUAAUGACACAGCAAUAUUUCAAUUACGCUGGUCAACCAUCACAUUUUAAAGACUCACAAUUUCUUGUCUUCUGCAAUCGUUUUUCGGCCUUUAUGUGUGCAUUAGUGACGCUACGUAUCAAACGAUCAUCAAAUCGUCAUUGUACACCACUCUAUAAGUAUUCCUUUGCCUCUUUUUCGAAUAUAAUGAGUGCAUGGUUCCAAUAUGAGGCGCUCAAAUUCGUUAGCUUCCCUACGCAGGUGCUAGCGAAGGCAUGCAAAAUCAUACCCGUCAUGUUAAUGGGUAAAAUUAUAUCGAAAAACAAAUAUGAUUGGUAUGAAUAUGUAUCGGCUGUGCUAAUAUCACUGGGAAUGAUAUUUUUUAUGACUGGUUCGGCGAGUAAUACCAAAGCUAGCAGUGUGACCACAUUCACUGGCACCUUUCUACUCGUAAUGUACUUAACUUGUGACAGUUUUACAGCAAAUUGGCAAGAUGAUCUAUUCAAGAAUUACGAAAUGUCCUCACUGCAAAUGAUGGCAGGUGUCAAUUUGUUUUCCACCAUAUUUACAGCUACUUCAUUGUGGUUGCAAGGCAGUUUCAUAGACUCGCUAGAAUUUGCCAGUGAGCAUCCAAAAUUCAUACUCGAUGCUUUCACAAUUUCCAUGUGUUCGGCUGUGGGUCAAUUAUUCAUUUUCUAUACAAUAUCUGUGUUUGGUGCAGUUGUAUUUACGAUCAUCAUGACAUUACGGCAGGCUUUUGCGAUAUUACUUUCCUGUUUGAUCUACAAGCACAACAUUUCUGUGUUGGGUAUUUUCGGCAUAUUGGUCGUAUUCUUUGCGGUCUUCAUGCGUUCCUAUGGCAAGCAACGCAUGAAAGCGAUACGUAAACGCGCCGAGGUGCACAAACCGAAAAUGGCUGCGUAGUUGGCACAGCUGGAGAGCGAACAGAGUGGAAGUAGUAGCAAUACCACCUAUGUUUGCAGCGGUACGAAUGCCGGUAGCGUUACUUAAAAGCUUGGAAAGGUGGAAAAUUAACAUAAAACUAGGCUGCUAAUAAGUUAAAUAAAAAUUAAAUACCUGUCAGCGGGGGGAAAAAUGUUUUCAUCUAGAACAGCGCAGCGUGAGCGUUAAUAGACUUCCUACAAUAUAUUAAUGCACCUUAGCUGAGUAUAUAUCUUUUUUAGUUAAAUUAUGCAACUCUUAAUAAUGUAAACCAUUUUAUAAAAGCAAAUUUAUUUUUGUAUCUAAUAUUUAAAGUUGUAUACAUUUUUUUUAUGUACUUGUAAUUGACAGCUUACGUGCUACAUUGAUUGUUGUUCGUGCAAACAGUAGAUAUGUAUGUAUUUAUGUUGUAUGUAGAGUUAUAAAAAAAUGUGCAAAAUUUGGCAUGCUUGUUUCGAAUUUAAGUAGGCUUUUUUUGGCAGCAGAUGUAAUAAUUAAAAGGAAAAUGUAAAGUUUUGCUAAUAAAAAAUUAAGUAGUUAAGUUCGGAAUUGACACUUGUUCUACGCUAUAGCUUCAUAUGUGAAACAUUUUGGUUUCAGCAUUUGUGUCUAUACCAUACGUAGUAAUGCGAAAACCGUUAAAUUUACUUCAGAAAUAGUUUGCAGUUACAUUUUAUUGCAGGAAAGCAGUUGGUCAGCUUUAAACCCACUUGAGAAUCGUCAAUUGUAAAUUAUAUUUUUGGGAUUCUGAGGUAUAUUUAACGCUUUCUGAAGUAUUGCUGAGAAAAAUAGUGUUUUAAGAUUUUUUAGCGUAUUUAAAUAAUUUAGAAAGUACCUAUAUUGUAAACGAUUUUAAUUUUUUUUAAUUUAAUUUUGCAAAUUUAUGUGUAUCGAAUUUUAAAUAUUACCAUAUACUACUUAGCUACUUGAACGCAUGCGGAAGCAGAGGAAGCGUACAUACUGUAUGUAUGGGUUUGUGUAUAUCUACAAGCGAUUCAGUAACUGAAAGUGAAUAUUUGUUUGUUUGUACGUAUGUGCAUUUGAAAAGUGAUGUGCAAACUAAAAGGAAAAUGACUGCAAAUACACAAAACACUUUGAAGAAAAAAAAGUAGCUUGUUGUUGUUAUUGUAGCAGCUUAUCACAAGUCUGCCUAUGUUGUGGGUCGGUUAUAUGGUAAACAGACGGCAGCUUUAAUUUGCCAU